UUACCAAUUUCAUAAACUGAGAUCUGGAUUUGUUUGACCGCUGGGCCGAGGACGGGUCAUGGAUCCAAUUGUGGAAGUAGUGGCUCUGUUGCUUGGGUUCAUCGGUUGGGUGAUGGUGGGGAUCGCCCUGCCGAACCGUUACUGGAGGACCUCCACGGUCGACGGGAACGUCAUUACCACCUCCACCAUCUAUGAGAACUUGUGGAUGUCGUGUGCGACCGAUUCAACCGGGGUGCAUAACUGCAGGGAGUUCCCCUCGCUGCUCAAUUUGAGUGGUUACAUCCAGGCAUCUCGUGCCUUAAUGAUCACAUCGAUAGUGUUGGGCACCUUUGGACUGGUGGCGGCCCUGAUAGGAAUACAGUGCUCAAAGGCUGUGGAGGAAAACCCCGUCCUCAAAGGGAGGAUCGCCGGCACUGCGGGAAUCCUUUUCCUACUUCAAGGUCUGUGUACAAUGGUCUCAGUGUCCUGGUACGCCUUCAACAUCACUCAGGAUUUCUUUGACCCCUUCAACAUGGGAACAAAGUACGAAAUUGGCGAAGGACUUUACAUCGGCUGGUGCUCCGCGGUGCUCGCCAUCGUUGGAGGCGUCUGUCUCACCUGCUCCUGCAACAUGGGCACACAGGAAAAAUACCCAACAGCUUAUCAAGCCAGGGGAACUGUAUAUUCUGGACCUGCACCGACCAGGAGCGUGGCUGCUAGCACUUACGGCCGAAACGCUUACGUUUGAGCCGAAUAUCAAAAAAGGAACUUUUUGGAAGUUUUUGUUGAUACAACACAUCCUGGUGUUCAGUUUUUACACUUAAGAUGGAGCUUUUUGUCUGUGUGGAAAAACUAGGUCCAUCUUGACGUUAUAGCACCACUAACUGUAUAUAAUCACUAUAUCAAGUGUGUAUUCUUAAAAACGGACAGCACUGCAUGUGUAAAAGUUGUAAAAAAGCUAAGCUUCAUAUCAACGCACAAAUGUACUGUAUGUAUGCAAUGAUUCUAUUUAUGCUUAGCAAAAAUACAUUUACACAGAGUCUUUUACUUUGAAAGGAAUCCAAUCAUAUGAUGAUUUGCAUCACCAUUCAAAGGGGAAGGUCAAAACUGUGAUAAUCCAGAUAUUUGUGUGUUGUUUGUACAUUUUUGUUGAUAGUGUCUGUGAAAGAGGACGAGUUAUCUGUACGUUGAUGUUUUUCGUUUCUUUUUUUUUUUACGAUAGCGCAAAAUAAAGUGUGUCAUGCUAAUGUUAUUGAAAAUAA